AAACCCCUGAGGCUCAACUCAGGGAAGACAACGAUUUCGGACGCCAGAAACCUCCGCUCUGCUGUCCGAGCUUUGCACUGAAUCGGCGAAUCUGGUCGAGAAAAGCGCCAAAUCAAGCCAAGCCCAUGGGAGGUUGGAAGUCUUUGUGUUCUCGUUGGAGGCUACUUCUCCCUUCCUGAGCCCGGGGCGAAGUGAGUCGAGGGCUCGCCAGGCUCGGUUGUAGCGGAGUUUAUGGGGAUCGUGUAAACCAUUUGCUCUUCAUCGGAGACGGAAGAUGACAUGAAUUCGAAGUACAAUUGAUCAUUCUGCAGCCUUUUCAGUAGAUCACUGCGGGCACCGGAGACGCCGUAGGUAGUGGGAGUGCGUACGCAAGGUCUGAUACAAACAGUGCUCGAAGGAUUGGUAAUCUUCUGGAAGGGGAAAAUAGAACAACUUUGAGUGAUAGACUUUCACAGGGAUUGGCAGUGUAUUCGUGACCAAGUGGAACAGGGUAGAACUUUAGGGCACCAUGGCGGACACGGUGCAUUUCCACCUGGAGCGCAUGCUGCCAGAGCUGGACGAUUUGGAAAAACGAGGGCUUUUUAACCAGCAGGAGAUUAAGGAAAUUGUGAAGAAGAGGCGGGACUUCGAAUAUUUGCUGAAGCGUCCAUCUCCGAUAAAGCAGGACUUCCUAAACUACGUGGAGUUCGAACAAAAUUUAGAGGCGUUGCGUAAGCUGCGCAAGAAUGCGCUGGUAAGGGACUUGAAGGCCUCGGAGAAAUGGAGGAAUUCUCUGAGCGAUUACGCGAGUGUCAUGCACAUUAUGCUCAUUUACGACAGGGCCUUGACGAAGUUCAAGGGGGAUUUGAGCAUGUGGUUGCAGUAUUUGGAAUUUUGCAGGUCCCACGCCCCCAGGAAGAUGCAAAAGGUCACGUCAAGAUGUCUGCAACUCCACCCAAACGUUCCAGGCCUGUGGAUGUACGCAGCAGCUUGGGAAUUUGAGCAAAAUCUGAAUGUGACUGCGGCUAGAGUGCUCAUGCAGAGGGGUCUGCGCAUGUGCCCCCGCUCCGAGAAAUUGUGGAUUGAGUACUUUCGUAUGGAACUUACGUACAUGCAAAAGCUCAAAGCCAGAAAAUCGGUCUUAGGAUUGGAUACGGAAAAUCCUCUGAAGCUAAAACUGACAAAGAGCCAAAAUGAGUCCGAUAUGACAAUGAGAGAUGUCGAGGAAGUAUCCGAGGACGAAGAGUUAAAGUCAGAAGUUGAGAAUGAAGGCGAUGAUGAAGCAGUUUCUCUCGAGGAUGAGCUCAGCCUGAAGUUAUCACAAGCUAUUUUCAAAAAUGCUGUAGCAGCUGUGCCUUCAAGUCUGGACUUUCGACAACGCUUUUUGGAGGUCCUUGACAACUUCGAAUUUGAGCAGAAAGAAGACCUUGAAGAUCAGAUAUAUGCGAGUAUCGCUCUGGACUUUCCGCGGAACGAAGACAGCUGGGAUUGGUUGGCAAGGAGGUAUAUAGUGGGCCAAAAAGUAGGCUACCACUACAGCUUGAUGGAGGGAAAGAGAAGGGCCCUUGAGUUGUAUGAAGAUGGGCUGCAAGCGAUCCCCUCGGCACACAUGUUCGAACUGUAUGCAAGAUUUUUACUGGACAUUUUAGACAUGGACAGCACAGAUCUCGAUAGUAGCACUAGUCCAGAUUCUUCAGUAAAAAAUAAGACUAAUAGGCACGACAUUGCGGAUGAGCUGAUCGAACUGUACAACAGAGCACUGGUUGCAGGUUUUGUGAGUGAGGCAUUGGUAAAGGGACAUCUUGAAAUUCUUCUGAGAAGUGGUAUGGUGGAUGAAGCAGCCGAAUUAGGUAGAAAUUUUUGCGAGCGCUUAGACACAAAGAAAUUCGCUAGCGUGUGGGAGUGGCGAAUAUCAUUAGAAUUGGGCCAAAUAUCAUUAUCCUUUUCGAAUGUGGAUAGUAUGCUGGCCAUUUCAAAGCUUUUCCAGCAAGCGUUGACUUGUGUCCCCCUAUCUGAUGCUAGGCGACUAUAUUUGAUGGCCAUGGAGUUUUAUACUGGUCAGGAGAACCACUUUGACGUGGUAAUAUCACUCCUGGAGUCAGCGAUGGCUGGUGGUUCCGGUGGACGGAUAGGAUCAGGGCUUGCAUGCACAAUGGUGGAUUGGAUCCUCCAUUCUCAAGGCAUCAAGCAAGCUCGACGGGUUUAUACACGCUUUUUGGCACUUCCAGGUCCAAGCGUAGAACUCUUCAAGCACUGCAUUAGUGUUGAGGGACGUUCACUAGGUACAUCGGGUGAAACCCAAGAGCUACAAAUCAUUCGCAAGCUCUUCAAUGAGGCCGUAGAGUUGUAUGGCGAAAAUGACACACAACUCUGGACCAUGUAUUAUGUGGAGGAGAUAAAGGCGGGGCAGGUGAACGCGGCGAAGAAUGUAUAUUGGCGAGCAAAGAAAGCACUGAAGGACCCUACGGCUUUUGUAGAAAGACAUCAAAUGCUAUGAAUACAAAAAGUUAUCUGAUUCUUUUCUUGCA